AUGGCCGAUUGGUUCGUGAGCACGCUGCACUCGAUGUUGGUCACGUGCCUCAUUGGCUCUGCCGAAACUGCUUCAUCUCCGUGUCCUCGCAAUCCGCUCGACAAUCGCGAACAUCGCGGUUCUCGCCGUUUCCACGUCUACCGCUUUUCAAACCCAGGCCUUUCCAUGGAAGACGUGAUAGUCGUUCUGGGCGGCACUGCCGAGGCCGCUGCGGAGACAGCCGUGACACGCAAGUCGUGUACCAAAUGCAAUACUGAGCAGAACAUUGACCAGUUCCUCCAUGCCCGCGGGAACGGAAGGAUUGUUGUCAACUGUCUAAGUUGCCGGCACAAGAAGAAGCUUCAUGUGAUAUCCUUAGUUAAGAGGGACUACUCUGCGCAGGAGAUCUGCCAUAUUCUCCUGGGACUCCCUCUCCAAGAGGAUAGCCGAGUGGUCCAGAGUGUUGACUGUAGACCCCACGAGAGGCAUGCUCGCCCAAUCGACAUCACGGCUGAUGGCGAUAUCCAGGAGUCUCAGACAGCAUACGAGAGGUAUCUUCGGCGGCCUGCCUCAAUGGAUGACGUCUCCUACUUUGAGUUCCUGCAAGACUGGAACUUCAAGGCGCGGAAUCCGGCGAGGUGGGCGAUCUGGCAGCCUCCUGCGAUGCCCAGGGUGUUGUAUUAUUACCCCCGGUACAAGCCGGUCCGUUCCCAUCAGCAGUACUCUGACUUCUGCCGCGUCAAGCUGCUCCUGAACCACCCCCAUCGCCAGUCGGAACAAUUGCUCGAGGUUGAUGAUCUGCAGUUUGACAACUACACUUCCGUAUAUCAUUACUGUCUCGAGCACCACGACCACCAGGACGACCACUACGGUACUGUCGACGAGCCCGAUCCGCUGCCGGAAGAGGAUGAAUUCGAGCGAGGGGAGGAUGCUGGGGACAUCACACUUGAGGAUUGGCAGGAGGUGGCCCGGCUGGUCCCCGCCCUCCAACUUCCCGAAGAACCAGCCGACUUGCUUGGACGCCGAGACAUUGAUGUCAAUUGCGACUGGACACGACACAUUGGUCGCUACUCGCACGACCAGUUUGGUACCGGAGGUUACUGGGUGCAACUCCGUGGAGACGCUCCAGGUAAUUACGACGUGGAAGAGAUGCCUCUCGCAGCCCGUGACACGUUGAACACGCAGCAGCAGCAGGUAUACGACACGGUCAUGCGCCACUACAGAGCCAAGAACGAGAACCGUCAGCCUCCGCCCCUUCGUCUACAGAUCGACGGAGGGAGAGCAUGCUCGCGCCUCAAGACCCUCGCGUGGAUCGACCAGCGCCUACGAGAGGUGUUCCCGGAGAAUCGUGACGAGUUCUUCGGCGGCCUCAGCGUCAUCCUGAUCGGGGACUUCUUCCAGCUUCCCCCUGUUCUGAACAAGCCGCUGUACUCAACACGCGACGACCUAAAGGGCAUCGAGAUUGUCGGGCGUAAUGCUUACCUCUCAUUCGACAAGUCGGUGUUUCUGACCACAAUACAGCGGCAGCAGGGCGAAGACCAGGCCCCGUUUCGGCGGGCCUUGGAAGAACUGCGAAAAGCUGAUGUGUCAGUACCCUCCUGGGAGCUCCUCGCUUCGAGAUGCUCUGUCAAGCUCUCUCCCGAGGAGGUUGACAGCUUUGCUGAUGUGCUUCGCAUCUAUCCCACCAAGGCCCAGGUCGUCGAGCAAAGCGAUGAGGGUGUUGGUGCGGAGAAGGUUGAAUCCUCAGAUGCCGGCAACUUGGCCAAGCGCUUGCCCUUGUGUGUUGGUUGCAGGGUGAUGCUGACGCGGAAUUUGUGGGCCGACGUCGGGCUCGUCCACGGCGCACAGGGCACAGUCUACGACAUAUCCUGGAAAGAAGGUACCGACGUGCUGCGAGACCCGCCCGAGGUCAUCAUGGUGGCCUUCGAUGACUACGACGGCCCGGGCUUCACGAUGCCGAACGGGGAGCCUCUCCGUAGUGGAGAGAAGCUGGCUGUUCCCAUCCUCCGAGGCAUCACCCUGGACAAGGUCGUCUGCGACAUCUCUGCGCCAGAGUUUGCUUCUGGCCUCUCCUACGUGGCCGUUUCGCGGGUGAAGACACUCGGCGGGCUGAUGUUUGAGCGGCCCUUCGACCGCAGCAGGAUCUACCGCGAGACACCAUCACCAGCUAUGGGGUUGAAGUUGUCCGAUCACGCUACCAGGCAACUGCAGGCGUUAGAUGCUGUGGCGGGGGAGGUUCCCCUCAGAGUCUAA